UUCUGGGCUAGUUGUACAGUAGUCAGUAGGGGCAUGUGCUGGGCUAGUUGUACAGUAGUCAGUAGAGGCAUGUUCUGGGCUAGUUGUACAGUAGUCAGUAGGGGCAUGUGCUGGGCUAGUUGUACAGUAGUCAGUAGGGGCAUGUGCUGGGCUAGUUGUACAGUAGUCAGUAGAGGCAUGUUCUGGGCUAGUUGUACAGUAGUCAGUAGGGGCAUGUGCUGGGCUAGUUGUACGGUAGUCAGUAGAGGCAUGUUCUGGGCUAGUUGUACAGUAGUCAGUAGGGGCAUGUGCUGGGCUAGUUGUACAGUAGUCAGUAGGGGCAUGUGCUGGGCUAGUUGUACAGUAGUCAGUAGGGGCAUGUGCUGGGCUAGUUGUACAGUAGUCAGUAGGGGCAUGUGCUGGGCUAGUUGUACAGUAGUCAGUAGGGGCAUGUUCUGGGCUAGUUGUACAGUAGUCAGUAGAGGCAUGUUCUGGGCUAGUUGUACAGUAGUCAGUAGAGGCAUGUUCUGGGCUAGUUGUACAGUAGUCAGUAGAGGCAUGUGCUGGGCUAGUUGUACAGUAGUCAGUAGAGGCAUGUGCUGGGCUAGUUGUACAGUAGUCAGUAGGGGCAUGUGCUGGGCUAGUUGUACAGUAGUCAGUAGAGGCAUGUUCUGGGCUAGUUGUACAGUAGUCAGUAGGGGCAUGUGCUGGGCUAGUUGUACAGUAGUCAGUAGGGGCAUGUGCUGGGCUAGUUGUACAGUAGUCAGUAGGGGCAUGUUCUGGGCUAGUUGUACAGUAGUCAGUAGAGGCAUGUUCUGGGCUAGUUGUACAGUAGUCAGUAGAGGCAUGUUCUGGGCUAGUUGUACAGUAGUCAGUAGGGGCAUGUGCUGGGCUAGUUGUACAGUAGUCAGUAGAGGCAUGUUCUGGGCUAGUUGUACAGUAGUCAGUAGGGGCAUGUGCUGGGCUAGUUGUACAGUAGUCAGUAGGGGCAUGUUCUGGGCUAGUUGUACAGUAGUCAGUAGGGGCAUGUGCUGGGCUAGUUGUACAGUAGUCAGUAGGGGCAUGUGCUGGGCUAGUUGUACAGUAGUCAGUAGGGGCAUGUUCUGGGCUAGUUGUACAGUAGUCAGUAGAGGCAUGUUCUGGGCUAGUUGUACAGUAGUCAGUAGGGGCAUGUGCUGGGCUAGUUGUACAGUAGUCAGUAGAGGCAUGUUCUGGGCUAGUUGUACAGUAGUCAGUAGGGGCAUGUGCUGGGCUAGUUGUACAGUAGUCAGUAGGGGCAUGUGCUGGGCUAGUUGUACAGUAGUCAGUAGAGGCAUGUUCUGGGCUAGUUGUACAGUAGUCAGUAGGGGCAUGUGCUGGGCUAGUUGUACAGUAGUCAGUAGGGGCAUGUGCUGGGCUAGUUGUACAGUAGUCAGUAGGGGCAUGUUCUGGGCUAGUUGUACAGUAGUCAGUAGGGGCAUGUUCUGGGCUAGUUGUACAGUAGUCAGAGGCAUGUGCUGGGCUAGUUGUACAGUAGUCAGUAGAGGCAUGUGCUGGGCUAGUUGUACAGUAGUCAGUAGGGGCAUGUGCUGGGCUAGUUGUACAGUAGUCAGUAGGGGCAUGUGCUGGGCUAGUUGUACGGUAGUCAGUAGGGGCAUGUGCUGGGCUAGUUGUACAGUAGUCAGUAGGGGCAUGUGCUGGGCUAGUUGUACAGUAGUCAGUAGGGGCAUGUGCUGGGCUAGUUGUACAGUAGUCAGUAGAGGCAUGUGCUGGGCUAGUUGUACAGUAGUCAGUAGAGGCAUGUUCUGGGCUAGUUGUACAGUAGUCAGUAGAGUCAUGUGCUGGGCUAGUUGUACAGUAGUCAGUAGAGGCAUGUGCUGGGCUAGUUGUACAGUAGUCAGUAGGGGCAUGUGCUGGGCUAGUUGUACAGUAGUCAGUAUAGGCAUGUGCUGGGCUAGUUGUACAGAAGUCAGUAGAGGCAUGUGCUGGGCUAGUUGUACAGUAGUCAGUAGGGGCAUGUGCUGGGCUAGUUGUACAGUAGUCAGUAGGGGCAUGUGCUGGGCUAGUUGUACAGUAGUCAGUAGGGGCAUGUGCUGGGCUAGUUGUACAGUAGUCAGUAGGGGCAUGUGCUGGGCUAGUUGUACAGUAGUCAGUAGGGGUAUGUGCUGGGCUAGUUGUACGGUAGUCAGUAGAGCUAUGUGCUGGGCUAGUUGUACAGUAGUCAGUAGGGGCAUGUGCUGGGCUAGUUGUACAGUAGUCAGUAGAGGCAUGUGCUGGGCUAGUUGUACAGUAGUCAGUAGGGGCAUGUUCUGGGCUAGUUGUACAGUAGUCAGGGGCAUGUGCUGGGCUAGUUGUGCAGUAGUCAGUAGAGGCAUGUGCUGGGCUAGUUGUACAGUAGAGUUGUGUUAAAUGACAGUUGUGUUUUUAAUGACAAUUGUGUAUCAGAAAGACGUGUAACAAGGGCUUUUGAUGGGAAUCUGUGAUGGUACCUACAAUAUCAAGAAGCUCAUAAAAAGAGACAUUCAGUGUCGAGUGCAGUAGAUGAUGGGGUUCACUUAUCCAGGAAGAAAGGGGGUUCAGAUGCUCAAGCCCCAGACCUUCAGCUCACCAGACCACACUCCUAUAAAUUGAUGUAGUAAAAAAGUAAUUAUUUAAGUAAAAAACAUCUCAGCAAAGCUUUACGCAUUUCAUGCCUUAUUGGCACUUAGUCAUAGGCUGAAUGGACAUUAGACAUUAUACAGUAGUCAUAUUUAAAUGAAAAGGGAACAAUCACCAACAGGUAUCUAACUGCCAAUCCAAAGAGGCACUGAUUGGAAACGGACCAAUCAGAAACAUUUUUAGAAAGGCCAAUCCAAAACAUCGUUACAGAUUAGGUACAACCAUCCAUUAAUUGAUACAUAGAAUAUAAAGUACAAAAGUUAAAAAAAUAGAGAUAUUUUGCAAAAAGAUAGGGCAUUUAAUUUGCAUAAAUAUAGAUUAAACAGGGUGACAACGUUCAAAUAUUAAGUUAAAAAUAUAAAGUAAAUAUUUAUUUAUUUAGACAAAGCAUGAGACAUUAUAUUCCAAGUUCAUUUUCAAGUGGCUCGUUUCCAAGAAGAAUGAGGAAUGUUUCUGAUUGGCUGUCUAGUUUCCAAGACGAAUAUGGAAUGUUUCCGAUUGGCUGUCUAGUUUCUAAGUUAAUUAUGGAAUGUUUCUGAUUGGCUAUCUAGUUUCUAAGAAGAAUGAGGAAUGUUUCUGAUUGGCUGUCUAGUUUCCAAGACGAAUAUGGAAUGUUUCCGAUUGGCUGUCUAGUUUCUAAGUUAAUUAUGGAAUGUUUCUGAUUGUCUAUCUAGUUUCUAAGAAGAAUGAGGAAUGUUUCUGAUUGGCUGUCUAGUUUCGAAGAAGAACAUGGAUAUUCUUGGAAACUAGACAGCCACUUUAUAUUUGAACGUUGUCACCCUAUUUAAACCAUAUUUAUGAUAUUUAACUGCCCUAUCUUUUUGCAAAAAUAUCUCUAUUUUUUUAAAUUUUGUACUUCAAAUUCUAUGUACAAGUUAAUUGAUGGUUUAUCAUAAUAGGGAUGCACCAAUUCGAUUCAGGAUUUGGCCUUUUUCAGCAGGAUUCGGCCGGAUCCUUCU